CGAAAGAUAGUAUCUGUUUCUUUUGCUCAUGUGCGUGUCCUUCAAUAUUUCUAGGUAGGAUGUUACUCGUUCCUUUUCCUAAAAGCUUUUACCUUUUCAUUCUCGUAAUUAAGACUCGGCUUCUGAAUUUUGUUAAUCGCAGAGUUCACUCUACACAGACAUACAUUUACUUUUCCGUGUGUGUUUCGUUGCACCUAUCCAUGCUCAUUAUUUGGGAAAGUACAUAAACAGUUAGAUUCGCUCUUAACAAUUUUUCCUAUUGUUUCUUGUGAAGCCGUAACCCUCUCUGUUCUUGCAAGUUGAUUUUGACUCGGGUCGGGUUCUGAUUUUGAUAAUCUUAUGGUGGUAACCGAAAUUCGUGAUCGUGAUUACUUCAACUCAACAUACAUCGAUCGGGUUACCAUGGCUGAAACAGGCACGUGUCAUGUGUUAGCUCGAACGCAAAGUGAUGCAACGGCGUUGAAGGAGACUCUUCAUGCCCAACAGCAACUUCUACAGAAGCUCUACGUGGAGUUGGAUCAAGAAAGAGAAGCCUCUGCCACCGCAGCCAGCGAAGCGUUAGAAAUGAUUCUGCGUUUGCAAGGCGAAAUGGCGGCAGUGAAGAUGGAGGCCAAUCACUACAAAAGAAUGGCAGAGGAGAAGAUAGGCCAUGCCGAAGCGACCCUUGAAGAACUUGAAGAAGUUAUAUACCAAAAGGAAAUGGAAAUUGCGUCGCUUGAGUUCCAAGUAAAGGCUUACAAGCAAAAGCUUCUGAGCUUCAGGUGCGAUUUCAAUGCCAGCGAGUUUGGAAUUGAAGUCCCAGAGGAUCAGAUUUUGAACAACGCAACCGAUCAACAAGAUGAAGAAUUCUGCCAAAAUAACUCUAUCAGAAGGUUUCAAUCUAUGCCUGCUUCACAGUUCAAGAAGUCGUUUAGAGUCGCUGUGAGGAAGAGUGAAAGAUCAACCAGUCCAGUUCUGGCCUUGGAAGCUAUUCCUCCGAGCUUGGAUCUGGCAAGAAAGUCAACAGAAUUUGUAAGUGGAACACUUGACUCCUACUGGAACCAGAUAAAAAUGUUGAAUGAAAGAGUGAAAGUGGUUUCCGAUUCGAAUGAAGAAGAAAAGUGUGCAAACUUGAGUACUAUAAGUGAGCAAAGAGAGAUAAUGCCCUCCUUUAUUGAUUCAGAUAAUCCUCCUUCCACGCCUAAUGUGCACGAUGUAUUUGAAGUCCCACAAACAAGUGAAAAAAAUAAAGUGAAUGAAAUUGGGAAAAAAUGGUUUGAGAAAUGGAAGUCAGAGGCAGAGAAUAGAUUAAGGAAACCAGACUCUGUGUCUGAGUAUGAGGGGAAGCUUAAUGUGCACCGCGAAAUCACUACCCGAAGCAUUAGGCGCAUGACGACUGUUGUUGGCCAAAGGAAAGAGGGGAUGGGUGUGGAUUGCAACUUGCAAGAGGAGCUGCAAAAGGUGCAUCAGAGAGUUGAGAGGCUUGAGAGGGAGAAAUUCAGUACUAGAGAAGAGAUUACCAAAGAAGUGGAUGGUGAAGAGCAGUUGAGGCUGUUGAAGCACAUAGAAAGUCAACUCAAAUUGAUGCAUCUAGAGAUGAAAAGUUGGAAAACUAAGAAAGCCACCCCAAAUGAAGAUGUGUCUUUAGCUCCUCUCCAAGAGGCAAUGUUGCACUUUUGGUUUUGACAAAGUAUCAGCAAAAGGCUAGUCCGCAAGAGGGGAUAUUCUGGGGUACAAGGUAGAAAAGUUCAAAUUUUGUUUGUCACAAAUAUAUAUAAUUCAAGAUCAUGCAAUAUUGGCAAUGGCGUGACGGAUAUUUAUAAUCAAGGUUGAACUGUAAUCUGAUGAAGAGAUUGAGGUUCUGAUAGGCAAUGGCUUGCAAUAUUUAAAUCGCAAAAGUAUACGCAUCGUCUGUUUGCCAGCAAUUUGUUGAUAAAAAGUGUCCUGAAUUCUUUGAUUGUUGUAUUCAGGCUAAAUUAUGUUUUUCAACUUUCUAUCCCUAACAUUUUGGGGAGAUUUUUAAGGAACUAUGUUGUAUGUACACCAAAAAUAUGGCACCAUAUAAAAAUAUAU